ACGCGAGUAGACAUUUUCUAGCUAACCACCACACUAGAAGCCUUUUCUAGCAGAGCUCUGCACUCCAAAUGCAUGUCUUUGUUCGAGAAACAAGGGUAACAAUGAAACGCUUCAAAGGAAGAGGAGGGAUAUUGCCUAAGAGUUUUGUGGACCACACAAACCUCAAGGAAACCCGAGUCAAAUUUCCUCCUCCGUUGGGUCGACGGACGGUUGCCCUGCUCACAUCCGUCCUACAUCCAUGCGCAACCAUGGAAACCCUCCUGCCACCUUGGUUAUUUAAGCGCAGUAGGUGGCAUGCAGAAACCGGUGAGUUUCUUUGCCCUCCUCUCUGCAUUCACCCCCAGGCCAUUCAGCCUCCGCCGAGGCAGAACAUUCACCGGAGGUAGAGGGGAAACGCGCAACAGCCAUGGCCUCGCUCCGUAUCCUUUCAGUGAUCGCUGUGGUCGCCAUCUUUGCCCUCGCCGGCACCGCCGUCGCCAAUGACCUCCCCGACUACAUUGUUCAGGGACGGGUCUACUGCGACACGUGCCGUGCCGGGUUCGAGACAAAUGUGACCGAGUACAUCAAGGGUGCCAAGGUGAGGCUGGAGUGCAAGCGCUUCGGCACUGAGAAAGUUGAGCGCUCGAUCGACGGCGUAACCGACGAGACUGGCACUUACAAAAUCGAGCUCAAGGACAGCCAUCCGGAGGAUAUCUGCGAGAUGGUUCUUGUCCAGAGCCCCCUCCCAAACUGCAACGAGAUUCAGGAACUCAGGGACCGCGCCGAGAUAGUCCUCAGCAGGAACGUUGGCAUCAGCGACAACAUCCGCAUGGCCAACCCGCUCGGCUACCUCAAGGACAAGCCGCUGCCCGUCUGCCCUGACCUGCUCAAGACGUUCAACCUUACUACUGAUGAUGAUCACUGAGCAGAGCAGGCAGACCGCCAACAUGGUACCACUGGAGAGGCUGCUGCACCACACCAAUAAAUCUGUUAUCUGGCAUGCAAAUAGCAUGGUUGUAUCAGCAGAGUACAGCAUCAAUGCAUAGCUGUCUCUAAUGCUACUUACAGCCUUGUGAUGUA